CCUCAGGUAGUAACACUUUAGCAUUUAACAGGACUGCGCUCAGAACCUCUCAGCCAAUCACAAUCCAGAGGCGCCUCAAGUCUAAUAAAGUCCGGCAGCAGCAUCUUGACAGUGCAAGUUUGGUCCAGAAAUCCGGCAUAACCGGAUCAACCGCCACCAGUUCACGUUUUUGUAGAUUUAACACCCAGACUCAGCUAAAAUGCAAACGUUUCGCCAAACUCUGCUCGUUCUCUCGGCGCUGUCAAGCUGGUGUGCGCUCGAUGGCUCAUCGGUGUGUCCCGCCGUAGAGGAGGCGUAUGGAGCCGUAGUGAACCUGCUGCGCCCCGGGCAGCAGCACUCGCUUCUGGAUGAGAAGUCUCUGGUCGCUCUCUUUAAUACACUGGAGAACCGUGUGCAGUGUGGACAAGUGCCGUGUGGAAAGUGCAACCUAUCAGAGGCCGUCCACCAGCUCGUCCACAAUCACAGCGACCAUCGGCAGGCAGGCGAGGAAGACCAUGCCGUCGACGUGGUGGAAUUUAGCGCCCUCGCCGCCGGCUGCGUCCUGUACCUGGCCUCUCCUGACAUGGUGUGCGCUGCGGCGAGCCAGGGCAGGUGGGGGCAGGAGGUGGAACACUUCCUGCAUGAGAUUGCAAGUGGACAUUCCCAUGAACAUCACCAUGAAGAGGAGGAGGAAGCGGAGGUGGGCCAGUCAUGCCACGGCCUUGAACAUCGGCAAGUGGGCCUCCCUGGAUUAGAAAAAGUGCUCAGAGAACUCCUCAAGCACUAUGAGUCAUCAGACGUUGAGAGCUGCAUCACAACAAGCGACAUCAUGUCGGAGGUCGGCGCCCCAUCAGCAGAGCAGACACAAGCGGCGGGUGCAGUGCUGGGCCAGCUCUUGUAUCAUGCCCUGCGAGGUCAUUGCUUCCAAUCACUCCCCGACGAGAGCUUCUUCCUGGAUUACAUCAUCCACCGACUGGGCUCUGAGAAUUUCACUAUCGCAGAGUUGGAGGCUGUCAUGAGGUCUCUGGACAUCGGACCCAACUUGGAGUUGAGCCACGGGCACGACGAGGACGAGCAUGCUCAUCACGAUCACAGCAGGCGACGGCGACAUUCCGAAAGCAAUGGCACCUGGGAGGAGCACUGUUUUUCCGCGCACGAGCUGGUACUCAUCCACGGCCUGGGUGUGAACUCGCCCAGGCUGGGUCGCUCUGACCUGGCUCGACUUAGCCCGGCGCUGAUCCAGCAGAUCCUGAGCGGGGCCUGCAUCAGCUCGCACCCGGCGAAACACGACCAGCUCAGCAAAACGGAGAGAUACCUGUACGCAACUCUGGCCAACGUGGUCAUCACGCUGAUAUCCAUGUUCGGCAUCGUGCUGCUGCUCUGCACGUCGUGCACCAGCGUCUUCCAGCUGUGCAUCCAGUUCUGCAUCAGCCUGGCCGUGGGUUCGCUCACGGGGGACGCUUUGCUGCACCUGCUGCCCAUGUUUCUGGGCCUGCACGUCCACCACUUGGACGAAGCCGGUGCAAGCCACCACAGCCGCCACGGCGGCCAUGACCACCAGCUGGAGGUGUCGGACUACGUGUACAAGAUGCUGGUGGUGCUGAGCGGCAUUUAUUUAUUCUACCUGAUGGAAACCGUCUUCAACAUCAUCACGCAAGGACAUAACCACCACGGGGAUGAAUCCGAAGGUCACCACUGUGACCACGACCGAGUUCUCGAGAUGUAUCACCAGGAGAGGAAACAAAAAGACAAAUUGCACUCAACUUCCAAAACGGACCUGGUCAGAGAGGAGGAGCAGCACGAAAGAGAUUUUCACAUGCCCACAGAGAGGACCAGAGAACAUCGGUUGCUCCCUUACAUGGUCACGAUAGGGGACGGCAUCCACAACUUCGCCGACGGCCUGGCGAUGGGCGCCGCCUUCUCGCUCUCAUGGAAAUCCGGACUGGCCACGACACUGGCUGUCCUCUGCCACGAGCUGCCCCACGAGCUAGGCGAUUUCGCCAUCUUGCUCAACUGUGGCAUGUCAGUGCGCCGGGCGCUGCUUUUUAACGUCGGCAGCGCCAUGACGUCUUUCGUGGGCCUCUACAUUGCCCUGAGCGUGGCUACCGACCUGGCCACCACGCAGUGGAUUGCCACCAUCACCGCGGGCCUUUUUCUCUAUGUGGGCUUGGCUGAUAUGUUACCCACCAUGAUGCACAUCAAAUCCAAGAGGCCGUGGCUGAUAUUCGCACUGCAGAACGUUGGCCUGCUUUGCGGUUGGGCCGUCCUCCUGCUUUUAUCCCUCUACGAGGAGAGCAUCAGCUUCUAGCGUUCCUCGACCAGCUUUGGUCUUAACACGUGAGGGAUGAAUCCUUUUCCAGGAUGUUAAAUGUGUGGUAGGGAGAGAGAGAAAAAAAAAGCCAAAGAAAUUUCAUAGACACCGUAUGCAAAAAUAAACUAUUUUGUACAAGAUACAAAAAUGUAAUCCAAGCAAAUGGGGCAUCAUGAUGACUGGUUGCGGAUUCUUAGAAUACAAAAAUGUGUGACCCAAGAUUUUGCACGGCAGUGUGAUCCCCUGAUUUUAUGAACAAAUAAAGUUGCUGAAAAGGGACUUUGAACACACAACUACACACUGAAUUUUUACCAUCUAAGUGACUUCAUAGCCACAUGACAGCAAGCUAAACUCACCUUCAAUUUGAUUGUAAAAUGCACAGAGGUUAUUCUUGAUGCACAAGAUUUAUAUAACUGCAGUUUGUGUGUGUGUGUGUGUGUGUGUGUGUGUGUCUGUGUGUGUGUGUGUGUGUUUAGGUUAUUUUGUAUCACAAGAGUGACAAAAAAAAAAAAGUAGUUAUUUAGGCUCAUCACAAAAUUUCCCUCAUGGUAAAUGUAAAUAAGUGUUAAUGAUAGUCUACGUAUAGAUUUUGUAUAUUUCAGCAGUUUGAAUAAUAAAUCUGCUUGCACAAGA